CGCUAAAAUGUGGCCGCUAGAACGCUUGCGGAUGGAUACGUGAAGAUCGAUAACAAAGCAAUACAGCGCGGUUCUGAAACACGACGAAAACGAGGUUUUAAAGUAACAAACGCUUCAGAAUAAACCGAUAAAUAAACGCAGUGUUAACGUAGGAGCUAUAAGUUUGAAAAGAAGCCACUAUGUGGCUCUACAGGUCGAGGACUCGUCUAGACAGAAGGGCGGGAGUGAGAAACAUACGCAACAAAGCCGCGCAAUAACAACCGGUACACCUUCCGUCUUCCUCCACAGCGGUCUCCAUUUUAACUCCUCGCCCAGCCUGCACCUCACGUGUCCUGGACUGUCUUUCUCACAUGACCCGUGUGUUUGUCCCCGUGAUCAGCGCUUCCAUCUCCCGUAUUUCAAGUGUCGCUGAAUAUCGCAUUUUAAAAUCCGCUCGCCUUCAUGGAUAUGCUCGACCAGAGCUUGGACACCUCGACGAGUCACGACAAACAGGAAACUGAGGAGGUUGUUCAGCUGCAGGAGGGAGAGGGUGUGGGGGCGGAGGAGCAGGCAGCGGUUACCAUAGCGAGUGUCCAGCAAGCAGCAGCUUUUGCAGACCACAAUGUUCAAUACCAGUUCCGGACAGAGAAUACUGGUGGACAGGUGACGUAUCGCGUGGUCCAGGUAACAGAGGACCAUUUGGAAGCAGCAGGAGAUGGAGGAGCGGCAGUCAGUGUAGUGUCCACAGCCGCCUUUGCGGGCGCACAGCAAGCAGUAGCACAGGCUGUCAUCCAGAACCCUUUCAGUAAUGGAGGCAGUCCAGCAGGGGAAACAGUGGGGGGGGAGACACGCUUCGCCUAUUUCCCAGCAGCAACUGUCAGUGACGGUACAGCUACAGCUGUCUCAGUGCAGGCCACGUCUGAUCCGACCCUCACACAGGCUGGAGGUCAGUUUUACGUGAUGAUGAGUCCACCAGAUGUUUUACAGACUGGAACACCACGGACCAUCGCCCCUCGUACACACACAUACUCUACAGACCUUGGUGAACGUGAGACUCUUCAACACAGCAGAUCAGACUGGAAGAUUGAUGGCCCCCGGGCACCUCGUGAUGAGAGAAGGAGAGCACAGCACAAUGAAGUGGAAAGGAGAAGAAGAGACAAAAUCAACAACUGGAUUGUCACGCUGUCUAAAAUCAUCCCAGACUGCAAUAUGGACAAUACCAAAACAGGAGCAAGUAAAGGAGGAAUCCUGUCUAAAGCAUGCGACUACAUUAGGGAACUCCGACAGACUAACCAGAGGUUGCAGGAGAGCUACAAGGAGGUGGAGAGAAUACAAGUGGACAAUGAGCUACUAAGACAACAGAUUGAAGACCUGAAGAAUGACAAUGCACUGCUCAGAGCUCAACUACAACAGCAUGGCCUAGAAAUCAGUGAAACUACAUCACAGUGACAAAAAAACAAAACAUUCUCAUGAAUAAACAGUCUCAAGUGGAGAAAUAACCCCUCAAUGACACACUUGCUCACAACUCAUCACAGACUUAAGAUGUGCUGCAACUCAAGUAGGGUAUGAAUGCUUAUUUGAUACACAGACACAUCCUUCUGACAAGUGACUCUCUGACCGUUGUGAAAAUAAUAUCUGCUGUACAAGCACAUUUGGUUUUCUCCUUCACUUUCGCGAGAACUCAACAACCUGGACUCGGUCGAUAUGGAAUAACCCUCUUCUUCCAGAAAUAUCCCGCUUGCCACAAGUCUUUGUCUUUAGUUUGAAUCUCGGAUUUGUCAACCAGUUAUAUGCCUGCUCAUGCCUAAUGCUCAUAUUUUGUUCUGUUUGAAACAUUUUGUGGAUUUUAUUUUUGCUACAUCGUGCAAAUGUUACUACUGUCUCUAAAACGACAGAAGGUAUUUUUCAAGGGUUCUGGGGUAUUGUAUUUAUUAGCUUUCAAGAAAUUGCGCAGCAGCAGGUAUGCAAAACCUUAGCUAAUGUUUUGAAUUUGAUUUUGUUUUUCUGUCCUGCAGUCCAUAUAUCAGACUUUUGUGAAAUGCGUUCAUCUGGCUGAUCAGAGACUUGACAUCGUGGCACAUCAAGACUAAUUUACAGUAUAAAUUUGCUUAGAAUGUAAAUGAAAGUGCAUAGAGUAUGUUUUCAUUUAAAAUAGAGACUUAUGAUAUCUAAAACUGCAUUACCUAUAAAUUUCAGUUUUCAGAGUCCAUUAUAUUUAAUGCACUGUGAUUUUAGUGAAGGAUGAACGAGUAGCUCAGGGUUUUGAGGUGCAGGAAAAUAGCCGAGGCUCUGGAACUCCCCACUAACCUUGUAACCCUGCACUUUUUGCCCUUUGGCUUUAACAUACUAGAAACAUGUACUGUAUAUAUAUCAUGUAUUUCAACCAGUUGUUCUUGCGUCAUGAAUUGAUUCAAAGAAAUGUACUUUAUAAGUCCUAAUUCCCAGGCUCGUUUAUCUGCAGCAAAUAAAAUGGAAGAUGCACAAUAGAAACAAAUAGAAUUGCUACUGUUAGUAGUGUUCUGGCUUAUUUUGUUGUAGCUUAUCUUCCAUCUUAUUUUGUAACAGUCCUAAUUUGGGUUAAGACAUUGAGCAACAGCAACAUUUUGAACAAUAAAAUCGGAGAUGAGCUUUAAAAAUUAUCAAACGCCAUUCAGUUAUAAGAGUAUGAGCAUUAAUAUCUGACGGCAAUGGGAGUUAUUAUUGAGCUAUGCAUGAGGAAACCAAACAGUUCAAAAGCGAACAGAUUUAUUUUCUUAAACCUUCUUGAUAGUUUUAGUGUUUACCAGUUUAUUUCCUAUGUUUUAAGGCCAGUAGACCUUAGUCAGGGUAGCAGCACAUUUUAUCUUUGACAGGAAUGAAAAUGAUGCUGUGAUGAUAGUACAGCGUUCAAUAGAUUUUACUGUUGUUUAACAACAUACCAAUUAUUCAGAUGACAAACUGUCUUUCUGAAGAAGUAGUAAAACAAUUUUGAAAGUUGUGAAUAUUAUGUGAUCUAGGACCUUUAUACAGUGCCAUUAUAAAGACUAAGUCAAUCCCUCACAGCAUUGUCUUUAUUCGUGUUAAAUUCAAUAUUAUGUCUAGCUUGAUUAGGGUCUCUUCAGGCCUGUGUUUUCCCUUCCUGGUCAGACGGGCUUGUUGCAAAGCUUGAAUAAUAUAAUGCUGGGUUACAAAAAUACUACUUUCGACUAGCAACAUUUACUAGCACCCAUCUUCACCCGUCUCUGGUUUUGGUAAAAAAGCAUCAGAUUUUAAACAACCUUAAGUUAAACCUCAAACAAUCGGUGAUCAUAGCAAACUAAGUGUUGAACCAGUGAAACAUCAAUGUAUGUUUCAAAAUUUCCACAUAGCAAUACAGAGAGUGCACAGAUAACCCUUAUUAAACACUCUGUCCUCUUCACAGUAUUAAUGCUGUACUUGAAUGACUUGAUUUACAGAGUCAAGAACUGUAGUAUAAUGCACUGCUGCUUUUAAAUCAAAGCCUAGAAAGAAUAUUUUUAUUCAUGUCUGGUUGAAUUGCAUGGCAUUCUUACCACUGGUUUGACAUCUAUAAGCUAUACAACGCAGUUGCUUUGUUUAUACCCGAUGACUGUUGAUGUUUAUGUAUGUACUUAUAUAAAAGACAAACCCAGAGUUACAAUGUUUGUUUGUUUGUUUGUUUUUUUGUCUUUGAAAGAAAUGAAAGUGCUGAAAUAAAAUAAAAUUAACUCCA